AUGUCCUACAAAGGCCGGUUAGCAAAUGGCGUUCUAGUGGCGAUUAAAAGAUAUAAACAGUUACGAGACAUCUCACCUGCAAAUUUGCAAACGAUGAGCAUUGUUAACGCGCAUCCAAAUUUACUCCGAGUAAUUGGUAUUUGCGUUACGCAAAAAGAAAAGAUGAUCGUUCAUCCAUACAUGGCCAACGGAAGCGUUGCAUCAUGCUUAAGAGAUCGACCGGAGUCACAACCUCCACUUGAUUGGCAAGUGAGAAAACAUAUAGUAUUCGGGGCUGCAAGGGGUCUAGCCUAUUUGCACGGUGGCUGUGAACAGAAAAUCGUAUUUCGCGAUGUGAAAGCUGCAAAUAUAUAUUUGAACGAGGACUUUGAUGCAAUUAUAGGACACUUUGAGUUGGCCAUACACAUGAACCACAGCGUAACUCAUGUGGAGGACGUUGUACAAGGAACAAUAGGUCAUAUAGCUCCUGAAUAUGUCUCCAAGGGUACGAUUUCGGAGAAAAGUGAUGUUUUUGGUUAUGGUAUGUUUCUUCUUGAGCUCGUCACGGGGAAGAGAGCUUUAGAUAUUUCUACGCUUGCCAAUGACGAAGAUCUAAUGUUACUUGAUUGGGUAAAGAGAAUGUUAGUGCAGAAGAAAUGGGAGAAGAUUGUUGAUCCUGAUAUUGGAGGUAAUAAUUAUUACAUUGAGGAAGAGGUGGAGGAGAUGAUUAAAAUAGCUCUGCUCUGCACACAAGAAAACCCGGAGAGACGUCCGAAUAUGUCGGAUAUUGUGAGGAUGAUGCUAGAACUUGGAGAUGGCUUAUUGUUGGCUCAAAAGUGGGAAUACUUUCUAGUAUGUAAUGAGGAAGAAUAA